AUGUUGAUAUUUGUUUUAACAAUUUUAUAGGUACGUAUGGUUACUGGAGACAAUCUUCAAACGGCAAAAGCAAUAGCUGUAGAGUGUGGGAUAUUAGGAUCAAAUGGAGAUGCUACGGAGCCAAAUCUUAUUGAAGGCAAGGCAUUCCGUGCCAUGUCUGAGACGCAGAGGCUGGAAUUGGCUGAUAAAAUUUCGGUGAUGGGUAGGUCAUCUCCAAAUGACAAACUCUUGCUUGUACAAGCAUUGAGGAAGAAGGGUCACGUUGUUGCCGUUACUGGAGAUGGUACUAACGAUGCUCCUGCACUACAUGAGGUUUGCUCUUUCACUAAUUGCUAAAAAUCUGUGUACUUG